GCCCACAGCAAGCUUCUACUAAUCAUCACAGCCCACUUGCUCCCAGUGCAUCAUAUUUGUUCUUACCAAAGCCCUCCUGCACUCUCGACCAAACCACUCAUAUUCCUAUCACGACACAUCUACACUCACCACAAAGCCCACCUGCACCACAGGCACAACAGGAGCCAUAGCUAGACAAAAGGGUCAACUGCACCACCAGAGCGUUCACCGUCUUCAACAUGAAAAAACUACUGUUAGUGUCGCUAACGGUGGCGUGGGUGGCAGCGCUGCUCUGCGUCCCCGGAGUCCUCGCCGAGGUUAACGGUAACGCAAACUCUACCGACUUGGACUCUCGGGAUAAAACAGCGGAUCCUUUCGACUGUACUCGUUAUUACAUAUGUAUAAGCUCCAAUGAAACCUCAACCGAUUCUUUCCCUUGUCCGACUGGAACAUCCUUCAACAGUUCAACCCAUGACUGUAGUGGUUCCCUGCCAUGUUCAAGCAAUGGCCCGCUACCCCCGUGUCCUACAACAUGCAGGAGCGACCCGGGCGCGUUCCCUGACACAAAGAAAUGUAACCUCUAUUAUGUUUGCUCGGGCGGCAGUACUCUGGGACCCUUUGAAUGUCCCGCUGACAAACCUUAUUUUGACAGCGCCGCCCAAACCUGCAGUGUAAGCCUCUCCAUGUGUUGCCUACUGCCGGUACGGGGUGGUGCUGACCUAAGGCCCCUUCGAUUGUCACAAAUUCUACUUCUGCCUCGAUAAUGGACCAGUCGAUCCCCUGUAUCACGGUAGUUGUCCUUCGGGAGCCAACUUUGAUGUUUCUACGCAUAAAUGUGUAGUCGGCGCUGUUUGCAACACACUGUGUGAUGUAACCCCGGCUCCCGGGACUGACACGACUCCAGAGGGUACUUCCACCCCCAA